AUCAACAAAUCAGGAAACAUGGUAGCAUGAGAAAUGAAAAACAACACAGAACAGACUAUGAACAAUUUGCGUUCAAUUUAAUCUACGCCACUUGUUGCAUGCAGACCAAGCGUGCUUGUAAUGGAUGCAUUUGCAAGGGAUGCGUUGGAAAAGUUUGUUUUCGAACAUUCUGACUGUGACUUCAGCUUGGUGGAUGACAUAAUCAUCACCUAUAUGGCAUCUGUGUUGGAAAGUCUUGGUGAAAAUCCAACUGAGUUUGAACCUAGUUUUGAUGUUGAGGAGUUUACAGAAAUGAUGGCUGCCUAUUUGCCAGGAUUUGACAGAAUUAACAGCACCUUGGUUACAGAGUGGAUGUUUUCGUUAUCAAAAAGACUUGAAUAUGGAAUUCCCUCUGUCUCUGAAAAAUUUCCAAAGGAAAAUUAUGAGUCAAUAGCAGAAAAAGUUGUUCAAAAUGAUUUUGUUUUACCUGUUAAUGAUGGAAACUCAACAGACACAAAUAAUUCCAGUGGACAAAUUAAGGCUGUCUGUUCAACUCAACAGUUAUCAAGCUCAAAUUCAAGUACUAUUCCUAAUUUAAUGUCAGUAAAGCCUCCGUUAGAAUAUAAUUUACUUCAACAAAUGUCGAAAACAACAGAAGAUGAUCUGAGUAAAAAUGAUUUGUUUGACCUUCGAACUCAAUUUCCUCUCCUUGAAGUUACUAAACAUGGAAAUGCAUAUGUGUCUCCAGUUGACAGUACAGAGUUAGAAGAAAAAGAGAGAAAAGAUGUACCACAAAAAUUAAGUUACAAAGAAAAAGUAAAUAAGUUGGUAGAACUAUUUGACGAUGUUCCUGAAGUUCAACUUCGUCGUUGUUUAUCACGUGCCAAAGGAUGUUUGGAAAAAGCUGUUAAAAUGAUUCUUUCUACUAGAACUCCGCACACAGAAAAGACUUUUGAUGUGCAUGAAGAAAAGGAAGAAGACAAACCUAAUGAAGAGGUAGAUGAAUCUUAUGAAAAUGGUAUAGCUCAGCUAAGAGAGAUAUUUCCCAAAAUGGCAGAGUCUCGGCUACGUGAUCGACUUCGUACCGUAAAUGGCAAUGUAGAACGUGCAACGCAAGUCUUAUUGUCUGAAGAAGAAUCAAGAUACUUGGGUUAUGCCAGUAAAACUAGGUACCAAAUUCACAAAGUAUCCUCAAAAAAGCUGGGAUUGACAAACGAAGAACAGUCUAAAUUGAAGCAAGAUGCAGUUCAGAAAUAUGGAUUCAUUGAAGACCGUCCUGAAAAAAUCCACACUCCAGUUGUCCUGGUUAAAGAAGAGUCAACUGGUAAAAUUGCACCAUUGUGUACUGGAAAGGAGACAUCGAAUGUUGAAAAAAUGACAAGCAAUAUUAAAUCUCCUUCAACAGAUUCAACAGAAACAAAGAAACCACAUUUGAACCCAAAGUUAAACAAGAAAUCUCGAUUUCGUUAAUCUUUUUGUGUUCUAAGUUCUUCUUCCUUCUUCUUUCGUCGGGUCAUUUGUGGUUUUUGUGGCUGUUGAAAAUGUUUGUUAUAUAUAAACAGAAUUUUUAAAAGGAAAAACGUUUAUUUGCAUGUUUUUAUUUUUUAUAAAAGAUACCAGUUUAAAAAAUGUGAAGAUGGCACUCUAGGUACUUUUAACCAGCAUAUUUUUUUAAAAAAAUAAAAAAUUGUGAUAGGGUUGGUGUUAAAAAGUAUUUUAAGGGUAUGACACAAGUUAUAUCUAAUUUUUUUUUAGAUAAAUUUCUUCAAAAGUCAAAAAACAUUCCUAAUUGAAUAUAAAAAGUAUGCUUGUUUCGUUCGUAAAUGUGUAAUAAAAACACCUAACAACCAGUUAUUGUCAAAAAUGAUUUCAUUUUUGACAACAACUGGUUAAUAUAUAAGCCAUGUACUUCUAUAUGAAAGUUAUUAUAUUAUACUGGUUACAAUCCUAUCUUAAUUUAAAUCCAGAAGCUUAUAUAUUUUAUAAUUGCAGUUUUGAUUAUUUGGUGAAAGAUGUUUAUAAGCCUGUGAAAUAACUAUGUACUACUGUUUGUUUCAAAUUUUAUUAAUUGGUGAUCAAGUUUGGUCAAUUGUUGAUCAAAGUUGGUCAAUUGUUGAUCAAAGUUGAUCAAUUGUAGAUCAAAGUUGGGCAAUUGUUUACCACAGUUGGUCAAUUGUUAAUCAAAUUUGGUGAACUUAAUAUAAAAUGAAUAAAAAUGCAUAGAAUUUUGAUUUAAAUUGUCAAGUGAAAUUGAUUUAAAAAUUGUUUCAUGGAUCAAAAUCCAUUGAACCCUGCAUAAGCUUUUCCUUGUUGUUUCUGCAUUUACCUUGAUUCAAAAAUUUUUUUAAAUAUGCAUGUUAAAUUCUUCCUUUUGUCUUCUUGAUUUAUUCGUCUACAGUCCACCCUAAUUUUUUCAAAUUAUUUCAAGGCUUAUAAACUUAGGCUCAUAUUUGGUAGUUUAUGAUAUAUAUUAUUAAUGAGUAGUGUAGCAAAAAUGUAUUUACUAGUAUAAUGGUCAACAGAUUUGUAAAAUUAUUUCUAGUAGCAGUAAAAAGUCCUUUCAAAGCGUUUUAUUAUUGUUAAAAAACAUAAUUGGUAGCUCCGAAGAUAAAAAUAUAGAUAAAACUAUGUGGUAUACUGAUAUUAUUUUCAAAGAUUUGUAGUUUUGGCCCAUAAAAAAUUUAUUGAAUUUAUGAAAGUUAUAUUACACCUUCUUUUGUUUAUAAGCAUAGUAUAUUUUGAGUCUAGCCUCGAUAUGCUUUUUUUUUUUUUUUUUUUUUUGGAAU